AUUGCAGCUAAUUGUUAAAAGCUCUGUGUCAUCUGCGCAGGAAAGUUGAAAAUAAUUCCGAACUAACUAACUAACUAACUAACUCUUUUGGAAAUAGAGCAACUCCGUGACAAUUAAUAAAUUACUGCAUAGAUCGUUUGGCAAAAUGGUUGUCUCCUCCGACAACCAUAUACGCCUUAAACGUUACACUAGCGGCGGCAGUUUAAAACAGAAAACGCUAAAUGUUCGCGUUACCACUAUGGAUGCCGAAUUGGAGUUUGCGAUUCAGCAAACUACCACCGGCAAGCAGCUUUUUGAUCAAGUUGUUAAAACGAUUGGUCUGCGUGAGGUCUGGUUUUUUGGUCUUCAAUACACUGAUUCAAAGGGUGACUCCACUUGGAUAAAACUAUACAAAAAGCCCGAAUCACCGGCCAUUAAAACUAUAAAGUAUCUGAAACGGGUCAAAAAGUAUGUGGAUAAGAAAACACAAGAUGGUGGUCAACAACAUGACGACGAUACCGACGACAGCGAUGAAGAGGAUUUGACUGGAUCGAUGCCUUUUUCCACCUGGGUAAUGAAUCAGGAUGUUAAAAAAGAGAAUCCUCUGCAGUUUAGAUUCCGAGCCAAAUUUUAUCCUGAGGAUGUUGCCGAAGAACUUAUUCAGGAUAUAACCCUGCGCUUGUUCUAUUUGCAAGUUAAGAAUGCCAUAUUAACGGAUGAAAUUUAUUGUCCGCCGGAAACUUCGGUACUUUUGGCUUCGUAUGCGGUGCAAGCACGUCAUGGUGAUUAUAAUAAAUCGGUACAUACGGCCGGUUUUCUAGCCAACGAUCGACUAUUGCCCCAGCGUGUUAUCGAUCAGCACAAGAUGUCUAAAGAUGAAUGGGAGCAAUCAAUAAUGACUUGGUGGCAAGAGCAUCGUGGCAUUUUACGUGAAGAUGCCAUGAUGGAGUACUUGAAAAUAGCGCAAGAUUUGGAAAUGUACGGUGUCAACUAUUUUGAAAUACGCAACAAGAAAAAUACGGACUUAUGGUUAGGCGUUGAUGCGCUCGGUUUAAAUAUUUACGAACAAGAUGAUAGGCUGACGCCCAAAAUUGGAUUUCCAUGGUCGGAAAUACGUAAUAUAUCAUUUUCAGAUCGGAAAUUUAUCAUUAAACCCAUCGAUAAGAAAGCACCGGAUUUUGUAUUCUUUGCGCCUCGAGUGAGAAUCAAUAAGCGUAUUUUAGCCUUAUGCAUGGGUAAUCAUGAAUUAUAUAUGCGUCGUCGUAAGCCAGACACCAUUGACGUUCAACAAAUGAAAGCUCAGGCACGCGAGGAGAAAAAUGCCAAACAACAAGAGCGCGAGAAGCUGCAGUUGGCUUUGGCGGCUCGUGAACGUGCCGAGAAGAAACAACAGGAAUAUGAAGAUCGUCUUAAGCAAAUGCAAGAGGAGAUGGAGCGCUCGCAAAGGGAUUUAAUGGAAGCACAAGAGAUCAUACGUCGUCUCGAAGAGCAACUGAAACAGGUGCAGGCUUCUAAGGAUGAAUUGGAAUUGCGUCAAAAGGAAUUACAAACAAUGCUGCAACGUCUCGAAGAAGCUAAGAACAUGGAAGCGGCUGAGAAAGCAAAACUUGAAGAAGAAAUCAUGGCCAAGCAAAUGGAAGUGCAGCGUAUACAAGAAGAAGUCAAUGCCAAGGAUGAGGAAACUAAACGUUUGCAGGACGAAGUCGAAGAAGCCAGGCGCAAACAGGCCGAGGCUGCUGCAGCUUUAUUGGCUGCUUCCACAACACCUCAGCAUCAUCAUGUAGCUGAAGAUGAGAACGAGAAUGAAGAAGAGCUCACGAAUGGCGAUGCUAGUGGCGAUGUGUCACGUGACUUAGAUACGGAUGAGCAUAUCAAAGAUCCGAUCGAGGAUAGACGUACAUUGGCCGAGCGUAAUGAACGUUUACACGAUCAAUUAAAUGCUUUGAAGAAAGAUUUGGCACAAUCUCGCGACGAGAGCAAGGAAACACAAAAUGAUAAAAUACAUCGUGAGAAUGUACGUCAAGGUCGCGACAAAUACAAAACAUUACGCGAGAUACGCAAAGGCAACACGAAGCGUCGCGUAGAUCAAUUUGAGAACAUGUAAAAAUGUAUAUGUAGUGUGGAGCAAGUGUGUAUGUGUAACAGUGUUUUUGAAAACAAAUACAACAAGAAGUAACAAAAAAACAGCAUUUGAAUAAAAA